AUGCUGGGAGUGCAGCUCGUCCAGGCAGUGGCCCACGUCGUCCUUGAGCUGGCGCACCUUGACGCGCACCUCCUCGCGCAUCAGGUUGUAGCACAUGGCGAUGAGCCCCAGGCCCAGCAGCAGGUAGACGAAGUUGAUGACCAGCCGCGUCUGGCUGCCGUCCUUGUCCGUGUUGAUGGUGGCGCCCGGCACGAAGUCGCCGAAGCCGAUCUUGCACAGGCUCGUCACGCAGAAGUAGCAGCUGUCCAGGUAGCUCCAGCGCUCCCACUCGGCGAACAUGAUGGUGCCGGUGAGCACGUAGCCGCCGAUGACCCAGAGGCAGGCCGUGGAAGGCACGAUGACCCGCGGCCCCGCGCCCUGGCCGGCGGGCCGCUCCGGCCGCUCCGUGGAGCACUCGUACAGGCGGGUGUAGAGCCAGCGGAACGACUGCGCCAGCACCUUGCCCAUGUUCAUGAAGUACAGCACGUAGAGCGGCACCCCGAACACGGCGUACACCACGGUGGCCGUCUUGCCCCACAUGGUGCGCGGUACCAGGUUGCCGAAGCCGAUCAUGGUGAAGAUGGACAGCGAGAACAUGAGGGCGGCGGGGAACGACCACAUGUCGCUGGCUGUGCGCCCGUCGUAGCCCUUGCGCACGGCCUCCACGAUGGUCUUCUGGAACUCCACCAGCGUGUUGUUGACGUCGUGGCGCCACCGCGACUCGUUGAGGAUGUUGAGCUCCUGAGAGACGCGCCACAGCGCCUCGGCCGUCUUGUUCCGCUCCACGCCCACCAGCUCUAG